AUGUCACAAGCACGAGUUUACGCAGACGUCAACUCGAACAUGCCGAGGAGCUAUUGGGACUACGAUGCUGUCAAUAUAUCUUGGGGGGUUCUCGAGAACUAUGAAAUCAUUCGGAAGAUAGGUCGCGGCAAAUAUUCCGAGGUCUUCGAGGGUAUCAAUAUCGUCAACCACCAGCAGUGUGUGAUCAAGGUCCUCAAACCGGUUAAGAAGAAGAAGAUAAAGAGAGAAAUCAAGAUCCUCCAAAACCUUUCAGGUGGUCCAAAUAUUGUCGCGCUUUUGGAUGUAGUUAGGGACGCCCAGAGCAAGACACCUUCCCUGAUUUUCGAAUCCGUGAAUAAUACAGACUUCAGAAGUCUGUAUCCCAAAUUCACAGAUUACGAUGUGAGGUUCUACAUAUACGAGCUGUUAAAGGCUUUAGAUUUCUGCCAUAGUAAAGGGAUCAUGCAUCGGGACGUCAAGCCUCAUAACGUUAUGAUCGAUCAUGAGAAGCGAAAGUUGAGACUGAUUGACUGGGGUCUUGCGGAGUUUUAUCACCCUGAAACUGAAUACAACGUUCGUGUGGCAUCUCGCUAUUUCAAGGGGCCCGAACUGCUUGUUGAUUUCCAGGAAUAUGACUACUCCCUUGACAUGUGGUCGCUCGGUGCGAUGUUCGCGUCUAUGAUAUUCCGAAAAGAACCCUUUUUCCAUGGCAAUUCUAACUCUGAUCAGCUGGUCAAGAUCGCGAAGGUGCUUGGCACAGAAGAGCUCUUCGACUAUCUUGAUAAGUACGACAUCGAACUCGAUCCGCAAUAUAAUGAUAUUCUAUCGAGGUACCCGAAGAAGAGUUGGCACCAUUUCGUCAAUGCGGAGAAUCAGAGAUUUGUGAGCAAUGAUGCUUUGGAUUUCCUUGACAAACUUCUCCGAUAUGACCAUCAGGAACGAUUGACGGCCAAAGAAGCGAUGGCUCAUAGUUAUUUCGCCCCAGUUCGCCAGGCGGCAGCACAGCAGACCGCCCAACCUGGCCAGAACAAUGUCCCACCCUCAACCUCCACCGCCUAG